GACGUCGAAGACUCGUCGAGAUGACGGAAACCACGGAGGAGGCCAGAAAACGGCGAGAGGAAUGCGAAAGGAAGGCGAGAAGAGGGGAGAUGGAUCCCCGGCUCGAAUUCGCUUUCCAGUUACUGAUGAACGCGACGGAGUUGUCACGUCACGAGGUAAUGGAUCACGUUUUCGAGGGUGGCAUGCUGGACGAAAUUAAUCAACUGUUCCUGCCACACAUGAGAUCCACGCUCGUCUGGUAUUACCAGGAAGUGAGAGAGCCUGAGACCUCGCGUCCUCCUGAAACGGUACAACCGAAAACGUCGAGUUCGAGGUCAGGUGCCAGUGCAUCGUUGCCAAAGGUCAAAGAGCAAAAGGAAAUAAAAGAACCGGGGAAGAAGAAAUUGUUUUUAACCGAUGGAUGGCAGGUCCCUUGCACCGGAACAUGUAUUUACAUGUUCAGAUUGAACGUGGCGAAGCAAUUGCCUGAGGAGGGAUUCCAGAAGGACCUUUACACAGGUGUAAUUGACACGAAGAAGGUCGGGAUAAUAACGGCGAUACAAAGAGUCGUUGAAUACGUAUUUAUGGACGCGCUUGCACAUCCUGGGUCCGAGGGAGAAGACAAUUGCCCGAUGAUAAAGAGUCUUCUGUUACCUGGGCUAAGGUCGUUCUGCAGCGCACUAAAAGUGUGCGAGCAAGUGGCCCAGGAAGGUCGUAUAUUCGAAGACGGUGAGGCUCUGAUGGGAGAAGUGCACAAUUUCGAGGAAGCAAAGGCGUUCGUAAUAAGAGAGAACGCAGUGAACAUCGUGGAAGAGAGGGUGAAGACGUGGGUGAAAAGAUUGAAGGAUUUCAUGGUAGAGAGCAAACAAGUGAAACGGGAGAACGACACUUCCGGACCGCAGCAGGAAUUGGAGUACUGGAAAAGGAGGGGAGCUCAGUUUAGUCAACUAGUCAACAAACUGCAGGACCAUGAAAUACAAAUGUCGCUUCUCUGCUUGCAAGUAGCUCGUUCGAAAUUGAUAAAAGAUUGGGUCGACGCUGAGAGCGAAGUGACUUAUUGUUAUAACGAAGCUAAGGACAAUGCGAAAUUUAUUCAGGCCUUAGAAAAAUGCUGCCACUGUUUAUAUCUGGACGAUCCAAUAAAAAUGAGAGAUUCCCUCGUCUCGCUGUUGCAAACGGUUCGACUGAUAUACAGCGUCUCGAGAUACUAUAACACUUCGGAGAGGACUAGUUCGUUGAUGAUUAAAAUCACGAACCAGAUGAUCGUCGCUUGUCGAGAUUACGUGACGAACAGAGGUCGGGAGACUGUCUGGGGCCAGGAUCGAGCGAUGGCACGGUCUAAGUUGAAACAUUGUCUCAGAUUGAACAAAGCUUAUAGAGAGACCUACAGAUUAGUUCGAUGCUCGCCAGCUGUGACUGAACAAGAGUUCUCGUUCUCGGAGACUCACGUUUUUGGAAGGUUCGAUUCGUUCUGCGACAGGAUACGAAAGAUAUUGACUAUGUUCGAGCUGAUACAGGACUACAAGAGCCUUUUCGAGCGGAGGAUGGAGGGCCUUUUAUUAGGCGAAGCAUUGGACGAGGCGGUAAAAACAUUCGAAGAAGCCGAGGGGAUUGCGACGACCAAGGCUUACGAUUAUUUGGACCCAAGGAACGUUGAAUUCGACAGGGAUUAUGAUGAUUUCAUGGGAAAAACCGACGCCUUGAAAGAAAAUAUCGGUGAUAUUAUCGAGAAGAAUUACGCAGAUGUAUGGGAAACGCUUCAGGGUAUACGAUUCCUGACUCGAUUCGAAAAAGUGAGUGAAAAAAUUCCAUUGACGAAGCUGGAUGAGAAGUAUAAUAUAGUAGUAAAAUAUUGUGACAGAGAAGUAGAUAGAAUAUUAAAAUUAUUUAAAAGACAGAGGGACGAUCCUCCGUUACCGAGGCACAUGCCAGCUAUAGCUGGAAGAUUGACCUGGGCUAACUCAUUAAAAGUCCACCUAGAUGAAUUAGCUACGUCGGUUUCUAAUCACCCAGUACUGAAAACACUUCCGUUAACAAUGGAAUUAGAGAAAAGGUACAAUUACGCUCUUAGCGUUUUGAGUCAGUACAAGUCGGACAUCGCCGAGGUGUGGACACAUCAAAAUUCGUGGGUGAUCGAGGAUUGUCUAAAACGAUGUUUGCUGGUGAUAGACGAUAAAACUGGGAAGAUUAAAGUGAAUUUAGAGAGCCGCGUUGUCCUCCUCCUCCGAGAAGCCGACUGCCUAGCCAAGCUGAACCUCGAUAUUCCAAUCGUCGCGUUAACUAUUCUAUCAAAAAAGGAUCAUUUCACGGUGAUCAACGACUCUCUGCAACUGAUGAUAGAGGAAUUCGUACGUACAGCGAAACGGGUGAAACUAGAAGUGAGACCACUGUUAUUGCCCCAUUUGGUAAAGAUCGCAUCUCUACUGGAGCCUGGUUUAGUCUCGUUGACCUGGACUAGCCCGGAGUGGAACGAAUUUUACCAAAAUACUAAACAGCAAAUUAAGGAAUUCGAUAUUCUGAUCACGCGGGUGCACGAUGUCUAUGAUAAUAGAAUUCUACGGGUGCUGGCGACUAUGCAAAAGAUCACGCUGCAUUCUUUGCCGGAAACUGAUCAACCGUGGUCGAUAGAAGAAUUCGUCGAGGAGAUCGAAGAGAUAUGCAGGCUCGCGGCGGUAGAUCUGUAUCGCAAGAACAUGAUGGUGGAAGAGGCUGUGGAGGAAGUGUUAGAACUCGUUAAGAACGCCGCGGAGAACUUGAAGUCCGUCGCUAAUUCCAAUCAGUUCAACUUGUUUAAUAUCGAAGAAAACGGAGAAGUGGAGCAGGCGGCAUCGCAAGAUUGGUCGCUGAUCUGGAACUUGUUCGACAACCCUCACCAAUUGUUGGCAACACCCGGUAGCUUACCGAAAGGAAUGCAAGACAUGGUGUUGAACGCCGUGUCGGAGAUGAGGCGGUAUUAUUCUAGGAAAGUCGUGGACGUUCUGAUAAAGGUUACCAGGAGCUCGCUGGACGCCAUCAGGAAACGGUUCAUUCGCGAAUUCGAUCCAGGCAUGCUCAGUAUUUCAUUAAGGGGCCUUACCAGUAAUUCUUGGAAUCAGGGUUACCCGCGGAGAAAUUUCGCGGACAUCGUGAUGCGAGCACAGAUGCAGGCAGCGAAGAAGAAGCAAGAGGAGGUCGAGGAUCCAAAAGUCAGAAGGCGGAGAUUGUACAAAAUCCUUUCGGAGGAGAGACCACUGUUUCCGGUUCAGGAACAGAAUUUUCACACAAUGGUGAUGGACAACAAAGAAAUUAUGAAACUGUUGUCUAUACUGAACACAUGUAUGCAGGAAUUCAAGCCGGAUUUGACAGAAUUUAUUAAUAGAUGGAAGCCUUACAAGUUUCUCUGGAAGAAUGAGAGGAGUAUACGGGAAUUGUUACACAUCAGCUUGGCAGAGUUCGAGGCCACGCUUCGGAAGCACAGUGAGCUUGAGGAUCUCUUGGCCACCGAACCGGAUAUGGUCAUUUUCGGCAGUUCGAUUGCCGUGUCAACGGAAAAAUUAAAAUACGGGCUGUACACGGAAAUCAAAGGUAAAGCAGUGAACAUUGAGGACAUCAACAACGAAUUAAUGGAGUUUCAAAACCGGUGUCGGAAACUGCCUAAGGGCCUGAAAGAAUGGCCAGCGUUCUUCGCCCUAAAGAAAACCAUCGACGACUUCAACGACAUGUGCCCGUUGCUAGAAUUGAUGGCCAACAAAGCUAUGAAGCCUCGUCAUUGGCACAGAAUCAUAGACGUGACGGGUUACCCGUUUGACCUUGAAAGCGAGGGUUUCUGCUUGAAGAACAUCCUCGAGGCGCCUCUAUUGAAAUACAAAGAGGACAUCGAAGAUAUCUGCAUAUCAGCGAUGAAGGAGAAAGACAUCGAAGCGAAAUUAAGGACCGUAGUGAACGAAUGGUCCUCCCACGAACUGACGUUCAUGACGUUCAACAACAGAGGCGAAUUAUUGCUGAGAGGAGACACUACGGCCGAGACGAUUGGCCAGCUCGAAGACAGCCUGAUGGUUCUUGGUUCCCUGAUGUCGAACAGAUACAACGCACCGUUUCGUAAACAGAUACAGCAAUGGCUCUCUGACUUGUCUAAUACCAACGAAAUUUUGGAAAGGUGGUUGCUGGUGCAGAAUAUGUGGGUUUACCUGGAGGCUGUGUUCGUUGGGGGCGAUAUAGCGAAACAGUUGCCGAAAGAAGCGAAGAGGUUCAGUAAGAUCGACAAGAGUUGGCAGAAGAUCAUGCAGAGGGCGCACGAGACUCCGGGCGUAGUGCCUUGCUGCGUCGGGGACGAUUUGCUGAAGCAACUUCUCCCGCAUCUGCAGGAACAGUUGGAAUUGUGCCAGAAAUCUCUGAGCGGCCAAACCAGAGGAAUACCUCUAGAAAAACCGGUGAGGGCGGAAGGCUCGGUGGAGACUUGGUUGACGCAGCUUUUACAAACGUCGCAACAAUCCUUACACUCAAUAAUCCGGCAGUGUUACUUCAUGAUCAACGACGUGAACUUUAACUUACUCGGUUUCCUGGACAAAAUGCCCGCGCAAGUCGGUCUGUUGGGAAUCCAAAUGAUCUGGACCAGAGACAGCGAGUCGGCAUUGGCUCAGGCCCGCGCGGAUAAGAAAAUCAUGACCGAGACGAACAACAGAUUCCUGGAUCUCUUGAAUACGUUGAUCGAUCAGACAACCAGGGACCUUGCGAAAAUCGAGAGGACGAAGUUCGAAACUCUGAUCACGAUUCACGUCCAUCAACGUGACAUCUUCGAUAUUUUAUGUCGUAUGAACGUGCGAUCGGUGAACGAUUUCGAGUGGUUGAAACAGUGCAGAUUUUACUUCAAAGAGGAUCUUGAUAAAACGUCGAUUCUCAUAACGGAUGUGAACUUUACGUAUCAAAACGAAUAUCUGGGAUGUACAGAACGACUCGUUAUUACUCCAUUAACAGACAGAUGUUACAUAACUCUGGCACAGGCUCUGUCAAUGUCCAUGGGUGGUUCGCCCUGUGGUCCGGCGGGAACCGGCAAAACGGAGACCGUGAAAGACAUGGGGAAGACCUUAGCAAAAUAUGUGAUAGUGUUCAACUGUUCCGAUCAAAUGGACUAUAGGGGGUUGGGACGGAUUUAUAAAGGACUGGCGCAGAGUGGUUCUUGGGGCUGUUUUGAUGAAUUCAACAGGAUCGAACUGCCAGUGCUGUCCGUCGCUGCUCAACAAGUGGCAGUCGUACUCGCAGCGAAGAAGGAGAAGAAAAAGCAGUUCGUGUUCACCGACGGAGAUCUGAUAGAUAUGUGCCCCGAACUUGGCAUAUUUAUAACAAUGAAUCCUGGAUACGCUGGGAGGAAAGAGCUGCCGGAAAACCUGAAAAUUCAAUUCCGAACCGUCGCGAUGAUGGUACCUGACAGGCAAAUCAUCAUUCGGGUGAAGCUGGCCAGCUGCGGUUUCCUGGAGAACAUCACGCUUGCUCGGAAAUUUUAUACCCUGUACAAACUCUGCGAAGAGCAGCUGACGAAACAGGUUCACUACGACUUCGGUUUAAGGAAUAUAUUAUCCGUGCUAAGAACGCUGGGGGCGUCGAAGAGGGUGAAUUCGAAGGACUCUGAAAGCACUAUAGUUAUGCGGGUUUUGAGGGACAUGAAUCUAUCAAAACUCAUAGACGAAGACGAGCCUUUAUUCAUCUCGUUAGUAGCUGAUCUGUUUCCGAAUCAGGCUCUUGAAAAAACUUCCUACCCGGAACUGGAGGCUGCGAUUAAUGAACAAGUAGAAGACGCAGGAUUGGUGUAUCAUCCACCGUGGGUGCUGAAGUUAAUACAGUUGUACGAAACGCAAAGGGUGAGGCAUGGGAUAAUGACCCUGGGACCGACUGGUGCAGGGAAAUCCACUUGUAUUCAUAUCUUGAUGAAAGCCUUGACUCAAUGCGGCGAUUUCCACAGAGAGAUGAGAAUGAACCCGAAGAGCAUAACAGCGGCGCAAAUGUUUGGCCGGCUGGACGUGGCGACGAAUGACUGGACGGACGGUAUAUUUUCCGCCUUGUGGCGUAAAACUCUGAAACUGAAGGAAGGAGAGCACGUAUGGAUGGUGCUCGACGGUCCCGUCGACAGUAUAUGGAUCGAGAAUUUGAAUUCCGUCCUGGACGAUAACAAAACAUUGACUCUGGCGAACGGCGAUCGGUUAUCGAUGGCGCCCACCUGCAAAAUCAUCUUCGAGCCGCAUAACAUCGACAACGCGAGCCCGGCGACAGUGUCUCGCAAUGGGAUGGUUUAUAUGAGCUCGUCUGGGCUGGACUGGAAUCCUGUCGUUACUGCCUGGUUGAAAAGUAGGACACCCUUAGAGCAGGAAGUGUUCGAACAAUGCUUCGCCGACUCUUUUGCACAGAUUUACUCGUGGAGCACUCAAGCAUUAUCGAUGGCUAUAAACGUCUUGCAAUGCAACGUAGUGCAGCAGAUGCUGUACCUGCUCCAAGGUCUGGUCCCACCAGAGACUCCUGUGGAAGAGCAGGAAGACGAAGAAAUCGAAGAAGAGAGUCGACAACCAAUGACGAUGGAACACCUAAAACGGUUUUACAUUUUCUCUCUAAUAUGGGGUCUAGGAGCACUGCUAGAAACGUUGGACAGGCAGAAAUACGACUCGUACCUUCGAAGUAAUUUUGAAAAUUUAGACUUACCUACAUCAGAGAAAUACCUCGAUGCGAAGGUGUUCGAUUUCUAUGUAACUGAGAAAGGUAAAUGGGACACGUGGACGAGCAUGGUACCGCAUUACGUUUACCCAGAGUACUCGACGCCCGAUUAUAGCAACGUGCUGGUACCGAUCCCUGACAACGUGAGAAUACAGUAUUUGAUUGAUCUAAUCGGUCGGCAGGACAGAGCCGUUUUAUUGAUAGGAGAGCAAGGCUCUGCUAAAACGGUGAUGAUGAAGUCGUACAUGAAGAAGGCGAACCCUGAGACCACUCUGAACAGAUCGUUCAACUUCAGCUCGGCCACGAGUCCCUAUCAGUUUCAGAAGACCAUCGAGAGUUACGUGGAGAAACGUUUAGGCAGUACUUUCGGCCCACCGGGUGGCAAGAAGAUGUUGAUAUUCAUCGACGACGUGAAUCUACCGGAGAUAAACGAAUGGGGCGAUCAAGUGACGAACGAGAUCGUGAGACAGACGAUGGACAUGAAAGGGUUUUACUCUCUGGAGAAACCCGGCGAUUUCACUAGCAUCGUGGAUGUAACGUUCCUGGCCGCAAUGUGUCAACCCGGUGGAGGGAGGAACGACAUCCCUUCGAGGUUGAAGCGACAAUUUUGUAUAUUCAAUUGCACGCUGCCCACCGAGGCGUCUAUCGACCGUAUCUUCAGCGUGCUGGGAGAAGGUCAUUACAACGCAAAGAGAGGCUUCUCGGUAGAAGUCAGAGCUUUGGUGAAGAAAAUGGUACCGUUGACGAGGAUACUUUGGGAGAGGACGAGGUCCAAAUUAUUGCCGACACCAGCGAAAUUCCAUUACGUCUUCAGUCUUCGCGAUUUGUCGAGGAUAUGGCAGGGCAUGGUGGGCACGUUGUCUACGGUGAUUGAUAAGGAGAGCGUGCUCAUGCUAUUGUGGAAGCAUGAGUGCAGCCGAGUGUUCAGUGACAGGUUUACUGUGCAAGCUGAUAAAGAUUGGUUCGAGAAGGAAAUCGUGAAGAUUGUGAAGGAGAUGCUGGGCCAGGGCUACGUGGACAUGCUCGGGAAGAGUCCUGCGUUUGUGGAUUUCAUGAGGGAUGCUCCAGAGCCAACUGGCGAAGAGGGCGAAGACGCGGACGUGGAACUGCCGAAGGUCUACGAACCAGUUUACGAGGACCAAGUCCUGCGAGACAGGCUGGAAAUGUUCUUGUCACAGUUCAACGAGAUGCAAAGAGGCUGCGGCAUGGACUUAGUCUUCUUCCCCGACGCCAUGUUGCACCUGGUGAAGAUAUCCAGGGUCAUUAGACACCCGAAGGGCAACGUGAUGUUAGUAGGCGUGGGCGGAUCCGGCAAGCAGAGUCUAACAAAACUGUCGUCCUUCAUCGCCGGAUACAAAACGUUCCAAAUCACUCUGACUCGAUCUUACAACGUGGCAAACUUCUUAGAAGACUUGAGGUACCUCUACCGUACGUGCGGAGCUCAAGGAAAAGGUACCACGUUCAUAUUCACCGACCUGGACAUCAAAGAGGAGGGCUUCCUCGAAUACUUGAACAACAUUUUAAGUUCCGGCGUCAUCAGUAACCUCUUCACCCGCGACGAGCAGCAAGAGAUAAUUUCGGAAUUGACGCCAAUCUUGAGACGUGAGAAUCCAAAACGAUCCAUCAACAACGAAUUGGUGACAGACUUCUUUCUUCAGAGAACCUGCCAAAAUCUACACGUCGUUUUCUGCUUCUCUCCAGUCGGUGAGAAAUUCCGUAACCGCGCUCAGCGUUUCCCCGCGCUGAUAUCCGGUUGUACGAUCGACUGGUUCCAGCCGUGGCCAAAAGACGCUUUGAUCCUAGUAGCUAAACACUUCCUACACGAUUUCAACAUCGCCUGUUCCAGCGAGGUAAAAUCCGAACUGGUGAACGCGCUGGGUUCCAUACAAGACAUCGUGUCGAUCACGUCCUCAGAAUACUUCCAAAGGUUCCGUCGAGCCACCCACGUGACGCCGAAGUCAUACUUGAACUUCAUCGGUGGUUACAAGAACAUUUACCGAAGCAAACAGCACGAGCUCGGGGAGGGAGCCAAAAGGAUGGACACCGGUUUGGCAAAAUUAGAAGAGGCCUCAGUGUCAGUCGAGAUUUUAAAACGAGACCUGGCCAUGAUGGAGAAGGACCUGGUCCAAGCUUCAGAGAAAGCCGAGACUGUCCUGUUAGAAGUAACAGAGAGCGCGAUGCAGGCCGAGGCUUUCAAAAAUCAAGUGCAGAAAGUGAAGGAAAAAGCUGAACAGCUCGUAGCUUGCAUAGCCGAGGAGAAAGCGUUGGCUGAACAGAAACUAGAAGCCGCGAAGCCGGCGUUGGAAGAAGCGGAAGCUGCGUUGAACACGAUUAAACCGGCCCACAUAGCGACGGUCAGGAAAUUAGGCAGGCCUCCUCAUCUGAUCAUGAGAAUCAUGGACUGCGUGUUGAUUCUGUUUCAACGUAAGAUCGGUUCGGUUGUACCAGACACAGCCGCACCGUGUCCUAAGCCUUCUUGGGCCGAAUCGUUGAAACUAAUGGCCAGCACCACGUUUCUCCUUCAAUUGCAAAAUUACCCAAAGGACAUAAUAAACAACGAGAUGGUAGAACUGCUCCAGCCUUAUUUUAAGAUGGAAGAUUACAAUAUGGAAACGGCCAGGCGAGUCUGUGGCGACGUGGCUGGCUUGUUGUCCUGGACUAAAGCCAUGGCUUUCUUCCAUUCAGUGAACAAGGAGGUUCUACCGUUGAAGGCGAAUUUGGCAUUGCAGGAAGCGAGGUUAAAGGUAGCGAUGGAGGAUCUGGCUAACGCUGAGAGAGAACUAUCCGAGAGGGAAAUGGCACUGCAGGCUGUAAAGGAACAGUAUGACUCGGCGGUGUCUGAGAAACAAAGAUUGACCGAGGCAGCGAACGUGUGUCUGAGGAAAAUGACUGCUGCGACGGCGUUGAUCAACGGAUUAGGAGGCGAGAAGAUUCGUUGGACCGAGCAGAGCAGUGAAUUCAAGAUUCAACUAGGCAGACUAGUAGGAGACGUUCUACUAGCCACGGGCUUCUUAUCAUACUGCGGGCCGUACAAUCAACAGUACAGAAACAGUUUAGUCUCUUCUUGGAUGAAUAUUCUAGCGACCAAGUCUAUCCCCUUCACCAAGGAUUUGAACAUCACGAACAUGCUCGUGGACAGCGCGACGACGUCCGAAUGGACCCUUCAGGGUUUGCCAAACGAUGAAUUAUCAGUACAGAAUGCGCUCAUUGUAACGAAGUCCUCGUCCUAUCCUUUGCUAGUAGAUCCUCAGAAUCAGGGGAAGAUGUGGAUCAAGAAUAAAGAGUGUAUGAACGAGUUACAAAUCACGUCUCUGAAUCAUAAAUAUUUCCGGACGCACCUCGAGGACAGUCUGUCUUUAGGCAGGCCGUUGCUCAUCGAAGACAUAGCCGAAGAAUUGGACCCGGUGCUGGACAACGUGCUCGAAAAGAAUUUUAUCAAAUCUGGUUCCAUAGAGAAGGUGAUCGUAGGGGACAAGGAAUGCGACGUGAUGCCAGGUUUCAUGCUGUACAUCACGACGAAGCUACCGAAUCCUGCGUACAGCCCAGAGAUCUCUGCGAAAACGUCGAUAAUCGAUUUCACCGUGACGAUGUUAGGGCUUGAAGAUCAACUGCUGGGUAGAGUGAUUUUGAUGGAGAAGGCAGAUCUAGAGGCUGAGAGAGUGGCUCUAUUCGAAUCGGUGAUGACUAAUCAGAGGACGAUGAAGGAACUCGAGGGCACGUUGCUGCACAGGCUGACGUCUUUCGAAGGGUCUUUGGUCGACGACGAGGCUCUCAUAAACGUCCUCAGGGAGACCAAAGUGACUGCGGAGUCUGUGAACGAGAAGCUGAAGGUGUCUGCGUUGACUGAGAAGAAGAUAACGUUGGCUCGAGAGGAGUUCCGGGCUGUUGCGUCCAGAGGGUCCAUUUUAUACUUUCUCAUAGUGGAGAUGAGCAACGUGAAUGUGAUGUAUCAAAAUUCUUUGAGACAGUUCUUGACCAUAUUCGAUAACUCCAUCACGAAAUCUACUAAGAGUCCGAUUACCAAUGAACGGAUAAAUAUAAUCCUCCGUCAUCUGACUUAUGAGGUUUGGGCGUUUACUCUGAGGAGUCUAUAUGAACGGCACAAGUCGUUGUUCACUUUGAUGUUAGCAAUGAAGAUUGAUUGUCACCGGGGUGCGAUUUCCCACGCUGAGUUCAAUGCUUUUAUAAAAGGUGGUGCGUCUUUGGAUUUGAACGCAGUUGCCCCGAAACCCUUCAGGUGGAUUCUUGAUAUAACGUGGCUGAAUCUCGUCGAAAUUAGUAAACUCGAGAUGUUCUCGAAUAUUUUAACGGAGAUCGAGUUUAGUGAAAGGGAAUGGCGCGUCUGGUACGAGAAAGAGAAACCUGAGGAGGAGGAGCUACCUUGUGGGUAUCAGAAGAGGUUGGACGUUUUUAAGAAAUUACUUCUGAUCAGAUCCUGGAGUCCGGAUAGGACUUUGUCUCAGGCGAAGAACUAUGUGAUCGAAUCGCUGGGAAAAGAGUAUGGAGAGACGAAGAUUUUGGACCUGGAGGCCACUUGGUCAGAGUCUGAAGUCAGAACGCCGUUAAUAUGUAUUCUGUCCAUCGGAUCUGAUCCCAGUCCGCAGAUAACAGCCUUGGCCAAGCAAAAGUCCAUUCAAUUGCGAUCAGUGUCCAUGGGACAGGGUCAGGAGUUCCAUGCCCGACGUUUGAUCUCCGACGCGAUGAACAACGGUAGUUGGGUGUUACUGCAAAACAUUCAUCUAUCGCUUCCCUUCUGCACAGAAGUGAUGGACGCCCUCGUCGAAACGGAAACCGUCCACGAAGCGUUCAGACUUUGGAUGACCACAGAAGUGCACUCGCAAUUCCCUAUCGGAUUACUGCAGAUGGCCAUUAAAUUCACGAACGAACCGCCGCAAGGUAUCCGAGCCAGUUUGAAAAGGACUUAUCAAGGAGUAACGCAGGACAUGUUGGAUUACAGCACGCAGUCACAGUGGCCACCCCUUUUAUACGCUGUCGCGUUUCUACACACGGUCGUUCAGGAACGAAGAAAAUUCGGUCCCCUCGGCUGGAACAUUCCGUAUGAAUUCAACCAGGCUGACUUCGCUGCCUCAGUUCAAUUCGUACAAAACCAUUUAGACGACAUGGACCCUAAAAGGGGAGUCUCGUGGCCUACCGUUUGUUACAUACUUGGAGAGGUGCAAUAUGGCGGUAGAGUGACCGAUGAUUUCGAUAAACGAUUACUGACCACGUUUACCCAUGUUUGGUUUUGCGAUGUAUUGCUACGACCCGGAUUCGAGUUUUACCGUGGGUACAAAGUGCCACAGUCGAAAAAUCUUCAAGGCUAUUUGGAUUACAUCGAUGGCCUGCCUGCGAUGGACACGCCGGAAGUGUUUGGCCUCCAUCCGAACGCCGAUAUCACUUAUCAGAUAAACACGGCAAAAGGGAUACUAGACACGAUUUUAAGCGUCCAACCGAAAGAGGGAGGCGCGCAAGGGGGUGAAACCAGAGAGAAUGUCGUGUACAGACUCGCGGACGAUAUGCUGGCCAAAUUGCCGAAGCAGUACAAUUCCUUCGAGGUGAAAGAGGCCCUCCAACGCAUGGGAGCACUCCUGCCGAUGAACAUAUUUCUCAGACAAGAGAUCGACAGAAUCUCGAGAGUAAUCAACGAAGUACGUCGUACGUUGACGGAUUUGAAACUGGCCAUCGACGGUACCAUCGUGAUGAGCCAAGGCUUGCGAGAGUCUCUCGACGCUAUGUACGACGCCCGGAUUCCAGAAAAGUGGUUGAAAAUCUCGUGGGAAUCAGCAACGCUUGGGUUUUGGUACACAGAACUCUUAGAGCGGGACCACCAGUUCAGGCAAUGGUGCAUCCACGGCCGACCCAAGGUCUUCUGGAUGACCGGCUUCUUCAAUCCUCAAGGAUUUCUAACUGCGAUGCGACAAGAGGUGACUCGAGCGCACAAAGGAUGGGCCCUUGACUCUGUCGUGUUACAAAAUUUGAUUACAAGAUUCAACAAGGAGGACAUAAAAAAUCAGCCACAGGAGGGUGUCUACGUACAUGGAUUGUUCUUGGAGGGUGCAUCGCUCGAUCGGAAAACGAGAAAAUUAGUAGAAAGCAAGCCGAAGGUUCUGUACGAACAAAUGCCGGUGAUCUACAUUUACGCGAUAAACACAACUGCUGGGAAGGACCCGAAGCUUUACGAGUGUCCUAUAUACAGGAAACCUCAGAGGACCGAUUCCAAGUAUAUCGGAUCGAUAGAUUUCGAGACCGAUCACAAUCCUAGGCACUGGACGUUACGAGGUGUAGCGCUCUUAUGUGACAUCAAAUAAUGUUAAU